CAUUUCCGGCUGUUCGACGAACGAAGACGACGCUGCGAUCAGUGAUGUUGGAGGACCGCCAUAGUUCCCUAGUAUUGCUCAAGAUAGAAAGGAUAUGAAAGUAAAUUAAAAAUAAUGUGGCUUUGUUUUCUAGUACAAAGCUACACGAUGGGUUAUUUCUGCUCUGCCCACCACCGGUAUCGAUUUUUUAGUGUUAUAAGCCCUCAGACUUAACGUCGAAUUACCGGGAAGUGGGAAAUAAUGUGCUCUAAAUUCAUUUUGGCAGUGCAUAGAUAGCCUUAGAUGACUGCUAGUUAUAAAGACUAGACCAAUCAAAACGCUGAUUAGAAAAUCGCGGGAAUUACUUCUAUAGCCUAUAGGGGAAUGUCAAAUAAAAUUCUGUGAAUAAUUAGGCUUUAGGCGUAAGUUUACUUGAGCUUAUGUUUAGGCUAAAUUAGAGAGAUUGUUGGUAUUACGUGAGUGAUAGCUUAAAACUAAAUGCGUUAUUAAACGUAAAAGUAGAAUGAGCAGUAAAAGCGACCGAAGAACUUAUGAAGCGGUUGAAUUCAGUUAUAGUUGUCCUAUAUGCCUCUCUCCUCGACUGAAGAUGGUGACAGGGAUGUGCCAGCACAGAAUUUGCACUGAAUGUCUGUAUAACAGUGAAAAUGGUAUACUGAAAACAAGCAUGUCCAGGUGUCCAACAUGCCAACAACCUGCAGUAUUUCCACCAGAAAGGCCUAAUAUCCCAAAAGAUAACAUCUUGAUCCAGAAAAUGUUGGGAGUAAGACAGUGUCCCAAUUGUGGCUGUUUCAACGAAUUCUGGGAAUGGGAAUUAAGUGACCAUUUAAACCAGAACUAUAUAUAUAUGUAACGGGUGAUAGAAUUCAAUAAUCAACAAAGCACAAACAAGAUGGACAACAAAUUCCUGCUCUUUGCUUUUAUUUUUCUGGUCUGCUGUCAUGGGAGCAGUGGAUUUCUUGGAUGGAACCUUGUUUUGGAGCAACAGUUAUUUAACGCCCUCAUCUGCAAUGAGAAUGUCAAUAAUGGAACAAGAGUGGCACGAUAUGAGUGUGUUCUGAACGCAAAAUCCGAAGAUGUGAGGAACGCCAAACAACUGUGCCAGAACCAAACCGCACCGGGCCUAACCGAUCUGGAGUUUCUGAACCAACUUUGUACUAAUGCAACCGCCAGAGUAGAGUUUACUACAUGUGUGAAGAACGAGUUGAUUCCAACCCAAAACCAGUUUCCAUUUUUCUCAAUAUUCCAAUGGCUCAGAAUAAAUAGAAGGAACUUUAACUGCGGUGUUAACUUUAGUACUUUCCUGACCUGCUUAACUCACAACAUCCUGCCAUUAAAUUCACAUGUGACGUAG